CUUGGAAUCGAAUGUAUUCGGAAGCCUUCGACUCUGGCAUAACAAAGUCGGAGUUGCUCGGCUCUCUCCGAACCUACGGCUGAGGCGCUGAGGCGCUUGGGUGUUUGGGGCUGGUCCGGGGCCGGAAGUGCGUGGGCUGCCGGGCUGGCCCUGCUUCGGGUUUUCAGGAAACAUGGAAGCGGCGGCGACAGUUGGAAUUUAAGCAUCUCUGUGACGGUCUCCGGGUUCCCUGUGAGAGGAAAGGGGAGGAUGCCGCUGGAAUCAUCUUCCUCUUCAAUGCCACUAUCCUUCCCUCCUCCUUUACCCUCAGUACCAGAUAGUAUUACUAACUCUUCCCCACCCCCAAUGUCUUACAUCACUUCCCAGGAGAUGAAGUGUAUUCUUCACUGGUUUGCCAGUUGGUCAGGUCCCCAGCGUGAACGUUUCCUACAGGACCUGGUAGCUAAGGCAGUGCCAGGAAAAUUACAGCCACUGCUGGAAGGGCUGGAGCAGCUUAGUGUGUCUAGAGCAAACCGACCACCUUGUAUCUUUGAGUGCCAGCUACGUCUUUGGGAUCAGUGGUUUCGAGGUUGGGCUGAGCAGGAGCGCAAUGAAUUUGUCAGGCAGCUGGAGGUCAGUGAGCCAGACUUCGUGGCAAAGUUUUACCAAGCAGUGGCUGCUACAGCUGGUAAAGACUGAUGGACAUUAAAAUCAAAGAAGAUAAUCACAGCUGAUGGAGCCACAACUUUACUGUGAGAACUUCAAAUGUGUCGCUUAAAGGUCUAGGGAUGGUAUUCCAAUCAGCUGAUUGAACUUGUUGACCUGUACAGGCUUGAUUAUAUCUUUGGAGGCAGGGGAAGGGCAAAGGAAGAGAGAGAAUCUUAAGCGGGAUCCAUGCCCCGCACUGAGCCUGAUUUAAGCGGGCUUGAUUUCACAAUCCUGAGAUCAUGACCUGAGCCAAAAUCAAGAGUUGGAUGCUUAACCGACGGAGCCACCCACGUGCCCCAAGCCUUGGUUAUUUCAAUGUUAACAGCCUAUCAACUGGACUGCUCACAUAAUUGUUUUCCAUCCCAGUAAAUCCAGUCUGCCUCCUAGCUUGCUCCUUUCUACAUAUCAGACCCUGAAGAAUUCCGUGGCUUCUUUUGCAAGUAUAAUGAGAGGGAACCUACACAUUAUAACUCAAGCAUAAAAAAAAAAAAAUAAGCAUAUUGCUGGCCCGUGGGGCUUUUAAGUAAAGCUUUCCUACUCCAGAAGCAGGAGAGAAGGACAAUAAAAGGUCAUGUUUUUAUAGUUUAACUGGAUUCACAUGGUUGGUUCCACUGCCCUUUCCAGAUUCUGGCAUAAUUGUGUGACAUGCCAACUGUUAGCUUUCCUAGUGAUGAUUUUGUAAAAUUAUGAAAAAAUCAGGAGAGGGAAACAAUUAGCUACUCCUUCCACACUGAUGUUUGUUUGAAUCCGAAUAGCAAUGACUUCUAAAGUAUAUGUGAUAUUCUUGGAGCUGGUAACAGAUUCCUAUUCUGUAAGUUUGUGAUAUGAAAACAAGUGACACUCUAUAGGUUAAAGGGUUUAUUUUUUGUAUCAAAAUAAAGAAUCCUCAGAACCA